AUGCAUUUCCAUCGUGCCAGUCUACCCCUUCUGGGGGCCCUGUCCCUCUCGGCUCGAGCUGCUCCUCAGUCGGAGGAUCUGACUGCCCAGAGGCCUGGAAUCAUACAGCUGUCUCUCAAACCCCCAAGCGCGAGGGACGGGCGCCAAGCCGAUAUUGACCUGACGUACGCCUCCAAUUACAAGUACGAUAUAGAGUUCUCUCUUGGCACACCCGGCCAGAAAAUUGUCGGCAGCUUCGACACCGGCUCUGCACACAUAUGGGUAAGAGAGAAAGCAGAAGCUUCAGUCAACACCACCGUCGCCAGGGCUCGUUCCUACUUCGACAAAAAUAGCAGCUCGACUCUUGUACGUACAGGGGGAUCAGCGACCUCCGGGUACAAUACCGCCGGUAAUUCGUCCUAUCAAAUCGACCUGUACCGGGAUAAUAUGUCUCUAGGUGGCAUUGACAUCAAGAACGCCAGCUUUGGCAUUAUUAAUAAUGCACCGAGGGCACUGGAUAGUUUUAACAGCAUUUUCGGUUUCGGUAUGACUGAUGAGCUCGGAAGUGAGGAGAAGGAGCAUUUUGUUCCCACAAUGACACUCCUGGCCGAUCAGGGCUUGAUCGACAGGCGAGUCUUUAGCCUUGAGAUUGGAGAUAGUAGCGGCGUCCUUCUUGGCGGUGUCAACCGGAAGAAGUUCUGGGGUCGUCUCGGGAAGCAGAAAAUGACUGUGCAUCCCUUCCACGGCAAGAGCUACGUCAUCUCCUUUACCGAGGUCUCUGCUACGGCUGAGGACGGGUCGAAAUCUAGUUUAAGUCGAUCUGAUGAAGGCAUUCCUGCACUACUCGACACCGGCGCUACCCUGAAUAAUUUCCCGCCCUCUGUUUUCCAGCCAAUUUUAAAGAGGUUUCCUGGCGCUAAACCCAUGGACAACCGCCCGCUCUACAGCGUUGAUUGCUCACUCCGUGAUGUCAAUGCCUCGAUCGACCUCGCCUUUGGCAAAACAACUAUCAAGAUGCCAUAUCGCAACUUCGUCUUCCCGACUAAUAAAAAAGGCGACUUGUGCGUUCUUGGUAUGAUGGAGUCCCAAGAACACACAGUGCUCGGCCAAGUGUUCAUGCGCGGCGCCUAUAUAGUCAUGGAUCAAGACAACUCGGAGGUCUAUCUGGCCAACGCCGUGACGUGCGGUUCCGAACUGGUAGCUAUCGACAAGGACGUUUCCGCUAUAUCUUCUCUCACCGGGCAGUGCCGGCCCCCCGUCGUGGAACAGAAUCUUUUGCCGUGGAAAAAGCCUGGCAUAGAUCCUGAGAAUUGUGUGAACGCGAUAAGCGAAGACGUUUGUGGGACAGCCGAAUACUGUAGGAUCUUCCCAGGGGCAUUUGGCAGCGACUUUGAGACGGAAGAUGACUGCCUCGCCGCUCAUGAAGUUCCACUCGAUGAUUGA